AUGGAUCGGGAGAACACGAGCGCGUGUGGUGGAGACGAAGGUCAUCCCUUUGCCUUGUCUUCCAAGGGAGGUGAAAACCCUAAGAAUGUGAUCACAGGAAAGAAGAAGGGAAAGAAAGUUUGUAAAACGCAUAAGGAGGAGAAGGAUGAUCACGAGAUUGAUUUUUCUGGUGAAAAUAAGUUGAAAUCUAAGAAUGUAGGUUUUGCAAGCUUUGAUCUUCUUGGUGUAGAAGAUGACAAGGAAGACUCUGCGGAUGAUAUUAGUGUUGAACUGGGUUUACUUGGAAAACAAGUCACCGAAGAGACUAAUACUAAGAGUGAGGAUGUUGGAGAAACCUUGAGGAGUAAGAAAAAGAAGAAGAAUAAGAGUGGAAAGACUGUACAUGAAGAAGAAGAUUUGGACAAGAUUCUUGCAGAACUUGGGAUAACUCCUGUUUCACCAACACAACCUGAGCUAGUUGCAACUGCAGAUAGCUCAAAGGAUGGAGAAGAAGAGAAUGUCUUGUCUUCUUCAUCUAAGAAAAAGAAAAAGAAGAAGGAUAAGGAAAAGAAAGUGUCUGCUUCUUCUGUGGAGGCUAAGGAGGAGCCAUCACAGCACCAGAAGAAAGAAGUAUCAGAGAAGAAAGUUCCUAAACACAUUCUAGAGAUGCAAGAGACUCUUUUGCGGCGGAAAGAAGCCGAAGAGAUGAAGAGAAAGGAAGAGGAAGAGAAGUUGAGGAAAGAGGAAGAGGAGCUCCGCAAGCAGGAGGAGCGAGAAAGAGAAGCUGAAGAGAUUAAACAGAAGAGAAAGAUGAGAGCUAAGGAGAAGCUGCAGAAGAAGAAGCAAGAGGGAGGGAUUUUAACAGAGAAGCAAAAGAGAGACAAGGCUUUCAAGAACAAGAUGUUGUCUGAUGCUGGAAUGCUUCUUGCUUCAGAUAAACAGGGUGAUUCCUCAAAGCGUCCUGUUUAUGGCAACAAAAGAAAACCAGCGCGCGCAAAAGCAAACGACUCUGCUUCUGUCCAGCAGGUGAAAGAUGAACAUGCUGACAUGGAGAAGAAACAAGAAGCUGAUGAUGAUGAUGAGGAAGAGGAAUGGGAAGCAAAAAGUGAUGAUUCUGUUAAUAUAAUGGGUGAUUCUGAUGAUGGGGAUGAUGUACUACCCUGGCUUGUGGUUAAGAAAGAGAUAAAAGACACUUCUUCAAAGGCAGACAAGCCAAAAAAAUCUAGGCCUAAUGUUGAUGAUGAUGCUACUAAAAGGGGUAAUGACUCAGUAGUUACUGAAGUUGCUAAAAAAAAUCUUCGCUCUCCCAUUUGCUGCAUCAUGGGCCAUGUUGAUACUGGUAAAACCAAGCUCUUGGACUGCAUCAGAGGAACAAAUGUUCAGGAAGGAGAAGCUGGAGGUAUCACUCAGCAGAUUGGUGCAACAUAUUUCCCUGCUGAAAACAUCCGUGAGAGGACCAAGGAGUUGAAACCUGAUGCAAUGCUCAAGGUGCCAGGUUUAUUGGUUAUUGAUACACCUGGACAUGAGUCAUUCUCAAAUCUACGGUCAAGAGGUUCAAGUUUGUGUGACAUUGCGAUUCUAGUGGUUGACAUAAUGCAUGGUCUAGAGCCACAAACUAUAGAGUCUCUUAAUCUUUUGAGAAAGAGGAAUACAGAGUUCAUUGUUGCCUUGAAUAAGGUUGAUAGGCUAUAUGGGUGGAAAACAUGCAAGAAUGCUCCUAUAAAGAAGGCUUUGGCGCUGCAAUCUAAAGACGUGGUUAUUGAAUUUAACAUGAGGCUCACUCAGAUUAUAACCCAGUUCAAAGAACAAGGACUCAACAGUGAGAUUUAUUACAAGAACAAAGAAAUGGGAGAAACUUUUAGUAUUGUGCCUACUAGUGCUAUUAGUGGAGAAGGAAUUCAAGAUAUGUUGCUACUGUUGGUUAUGUGGGCUCAGAAAACAAUGGUUGAGAAACUCACAUUUGUUGACAAAGUGCAGUGUACUGUCCUUGAGGUCAAAGUUAUUUCAGGCCAUGGUACAACAAUUGAUGUUGUUUUGGUCAACGGUGUACUCCAUGAAGGUGAUCAAAUCGUUGCUUGUGGGUCACAGGGACCAAUUAUAACAACUGUUAGAUCCUUAUUAACUCCUCAUCCUAUGAAAGAGCUACGUGUGAAGGGUACAUAUCUGCAUCAUAAAGAAGUAAAGGCUGCGCAAUGUAUCAAGAUUACUGCUCAGGGCCUUGAACACGCGGUUGCUGGAACUUCCUUACAUGUGAUUGGACCUGAUGUGGAAAUUGAAGAAGCCAAGAAAACGGCCAUGGAAGACAUGAAGUCAAUCAUGAGCUGGGUUGACAAAAGUGGUGAAGGAGUUUACGUACAAGCUUCAACACUAGGCUCUCUGGAAGCAUUACUAGAGUUCUUGAAGUCACCAGAUGUGAAAAUACCUGUAAGUGGUAUUGGCCUAGGACCUGUGCAUAAGAAGGAUAUCAUGAAGGCCGGAGUAAUGCUAGAGAAGAAGAAAGAAUAUGCUACGAUUUUGGCUUUUGACGUGAAGAUAACUACAGAUGCUCGUGAACUAGCUGACAACAUGGGAGUGAAGAUCUUCUGCGCUGAUAUUAUCUAUCAUUUGUUUGAUCAGUUUAAGGGUUACCUCAAGGAUCUUAAAGAUGAAGAGAGGAAAGAAACAUCAUCUGAAGUAGUGUUUCCAUGUGUCCUUAAGAUUUUGCCAAACCAUGUCUUCAAAAGUGGAAACCCAAUCAUUUUGGGAGUUGAGGUUAUCGAUGGUAUACUUAAGGUUGGAACUCCCAUGUGCAUUCUCAAGGAGAUUGAGAAGUCGAGAGUGUUUGUGGAUCUUGGUCGCAUUGCAUCUAUUCAUAAAGACAGGAAGUCACUUGAUUAUGCUAAGAAAGGCCAGCAGGUGGCUAUUAAGAUCAUUGCCUCUAACCCUGGAGAAGAGAAAAUGUUUGGGAACCACUUUGGUAUAGAAGACGAGCUCGUCAGUCAUAUUUCUAGGCAAUCCAUUGACAUACUUAAAACACUCUACAAGGAGGAGUUAUCUGAUAACGAGUGGAAGCUUGUUUCGAAACUUAAGAGAUUGUUCAAGAUACAAUAG